CAUGAUUCCCAUCUACAAUUGGUGCAACCAUUGCUCAGCAGUUCGGAGCAGCUAGCAAAGGGCAUUGAUCGAAGUGAACAAGUAAAAUAUCGUAAAAAUGUUGAUAUCCCGAGGGGUUGGGAUGAUUAAAAAUGUCACGGCAUUCGCUUCCCAAACGAGAGCACCGAUGAAGACCCAAGUACGUCACUCAGGUGGAGCUGUCAUGUAUCGUGACGUGUUGGAGCCAGCGAGGUGCAAAGUGUAUCUGGCUGAGUUUUUCGGAGGAAUCAUGUGGUGGUGGAUCCUUUGGCAUAUGUGGCACGAUUGGGGACACAUUGUGGGUGAAUUCCCGUACCCAGAGCCGGAAAAGUGGACCGACGAAGAGCUGGGAAUCCCCCCCGAUGAUGCCGAUGUCUAAAUAAUUGUGAUUACAAAGGUGUUGUAGAUAAGAAAGUGAAAAUACGUCUCCUAGAUCGAUUGUAAUUAUUACGAAACAUUAUAAAUUAAUCUGUCUCUCCAUAAACUCUACUUUACAAGAAAAAAAGUAUUCAAGUUACAUGA